AAACCAGUUUAAAAUCGGCCUAGUUUUGUCUCUUGAGGGCGCAGUUCCUAAUCUCUGAUCCCCCAAAUCAGUGAACGUGGCAGUGGCAGUGCGGCGCACGAGUGGCGGGCCAUGGCGUGGACGGGAUUCACAGAUGAACAGCUGCGGCGCUUGAAAUCGGGUUCCGAGCAAGAGCCUGGCGCCAGUCACCAGCCAGUCAGAAGAGCCAAUGAAAGCCACAGUCAACGCAACAGACCCCAGACAACCAGACCCCCACCCCAGAGGGGGAAGGGACUCCCGCCCGCCCAAAACCCCGCCCACAGAACGGAACCCCUGUCGCUCAACCAGAGCCAGAUGCUCUCCAAACCGAAACAGUUGCCUCAGCAACAAAGACAACGGACCAAUCAGAGAACAAGUCUAACAGAAACACCUGGCCCUGACGGGGCGCCGUCCAAUCACGACUCGGAUGGUACCAAACCCCCUGUUCAGGGUAACCAAUCAGAUCGACGAACCCCUGUCGAUCAACAAUCUGAUGCAUCAAGAGAAAAGGCACGAACUAAUUCAGGCAAGGGACAGAAUGCGUCAGGGGGAGGGACAACAACUGAUGGAUCGGCCAGGGAGAGGACAGCCGAUGGAACAGCAAAUAAGAGCGAGGCACCAAUCGGGAAGGAGCUAAACGAGAAAGAAGGAUUGAGCCGAGAGUUAACCAAACUGGAGGAAUUUCAGCAGCGACAGAAGGAAAUCGAAGACGAGAACCAGAGAAAGAAGAACCUACUGGCAAUGGCCAUCGCUGACAGGAAGAAGAAAACCCAGGCCGAAGUCAAGAGGCUUGCCUUCAUCCAGAAGGAGCUGAGUACGAUUGAGGAAUUCCUGACCACCGACGUCAACAUCCUGCGCGACAAAAUAGAGGAGGCAAGCCGACACUACUCUGAAGCACAGAAGAGGUACCAGAAGGCAGAGGCCGAGUUUGUGACGGCCAAGAUGAGCCUCCACAAGGCGUCCGAGCACAAGGAGGCAUUAACAGAGCAUCUGUGCACCAUCAUCCGGGAGAACGAACUACGCAAGUCCAAGAAACUCGAAGAGCUGGUCGAGAAACUGGAAACGGACAACUUGGCGGCUUACGAAGCCCAGAUGGAGGCGGCGGAAGCGGCAAAGAAGGCCGAGUCACAGCGUCAUCCUUCAUCGUCAUUGGACGAUACGGAGACAACCCCGGUCUCAUCUGGUCCAAACCCACCCAUAGAAAAAGUUCCCCGAGAACCCGGUCAAACAAACACGGCAUCCGGAACCGAAACUUCGCAUGAAUUAACACUCGGCUCCAGUUCACAAACCCAUGAGUCGACGAACCCGACUCCUGGAGAAGAGACUAAGGCCCCACAAGGUCAAAGUUCAACUCACACAUCUGGCGAAACUGACUCGCCUGCUGUUUCAUCACAAGGUCGGAGUUCAUCAACCUCUACCUCAGGGGAUGUAACAACACUGCAAGAGGUGGCAGAGCCAGUUUCAACCUCGGACCCAAAUUUGGCAACUCGGAAUGUGAACGUGGAUAUGAAGCCACUCAGCACAACGGAAGUAUUAAAUAACAAUUUGACAACGGAAUCAGAAGGAAAUCAGACCUGAUAAAAUAACCAGAACAGCUGCAAGUCCUCAAAAUUAUCUUGUGAAGGUGUUUCAUAUUCAGAGAAAAAACUUCACAGUUUACCACUGCCAAUCCAAUGUCUGUGAUACAAUUACAAUUGUUUUGUUUUAUUGAUUUUACCUUCAAGACUUUUUUUUUUUGGAAAAAACCAUUGUGGUUAUGGUAAAAGACCACCCCUUCAAUUAAAGAUAUAGUCCAUCAU